AUGGAACUUUCGUGGCUCCAAAAUCUUAACCUCCUUCUCACCCGUACCGUUGGUGCCUGUCAUCAGACAAGUGACCGGAGAAACAAGGUAGUAGAUGAGGUCAAGCACGUCCUCUUAUGUCUUGCCAAUCGGCGCAAACUCUCUAGAGGACGACUUGUAGUUACCAACGAGCAUCUCACCAGGGCGUUGCACUACUUUGACAUCCUUAUUCUUAUCACCGAUGUCACCUUCGACAAGGAAGAGGAAACAAGCAUUCCACAAAGUGAUCACUUUCGUGAUCCCAACAUCGCUGACCUCAUCAACGGCACACCAAACACUCAUCAGCCGCCAUCGAACACUCAACCUGGAUUUAGCUCGUCGACAUCGACAAAGCGACAAUCUGACAAUCAGAACGCAGCCUCAUACUCCAGCACAACUCUCCCUGCAAAGCGCAAAGCCUCCGAUGGUCCGCUCUAUUCAUUGUCCACUUCCCAAAAAAGAAAGGAACGAAAGUCUACGACUACUUGA